UUGUCGCUCAAAGGCCAUUGCCGCACUGUUCUCAGCACUCAACUGGCGCAUUACUUGGUGGACCACCUCGUUCGAAAGGUCUGGGCCAUAGCAGACCAACCGCCUCUUUACCUCCUCAAUGUAAGCGUCGUCCUCGUAGCGACGUAUCAUGUUGA